AUGGGGGGCAAGCGUAUUAUUUUCACUGGCGGCAGCGGUAAGGUCGGUAGCCACGUUGUGCGAAAACUCCUCACCUAUGAUUACGAAAUACUCAACCUGGACAUGGCACGAGCCGCCGAUGACCUCGGAAUCCACACUAUCAAAAGCGAUGUGACCGACAGCGGACAGGUAUUCAGCUGUCUAAACACCUACAUGCGCAUGGGCGAGCCAUUCCCCGCUGAACCACCUCGGAUCCCAGAUGCAGUGAUCCAUUUCGCGGGGAUACCAACUCCCAUGAUCUACUCGGACGGAGAGACCUUCAAAAACAAUGUCCUCGGGAUGCACAACAUCAUCGAGGCGGCGUGUAAGAUGGGCAUCAAGAAAAUCAUCAUCGCCAGCAGCGUCACGGUUUACGGGGUCGCAUUCGGGCAGGGAAACAUCGAAUACCCCUCAUUUCCCAUCACCGAGGACCUGGAUGUCAACCCCACCGAUCCGUACGCGCUGUCGAAAAUCUGUGGGGAGAGGAUCGCAAGAAGCUUCGCGGCACGGUUCGGCGUUGAUAUUUAUUGCUUGAGGAUCGGCAGGGUGUUUGAACCGGAUGAAUACAAUGGCGAGAUGUUUCGUGGAUAUGUCAACGAGCCGGAGAAGUGGUUUCAACACGGCUGGUCAUACACGGACGCGAGAGAUCUAGGCCAGAUGUGUCAUCGUGCCAUCGAGGUUUCGGGUCUGGGGUAUCAGGCCUUCAAUGCCACCAAUGACACUAUCACAAAUCAUCACCAGAGUGUGGAUUUUCUGAAAACAUUAUAUCCGCAUAUUCCACACACGAGGCGGAUGCACGAAAACGAGGCUCCUAUCACAAAUGUCAAAAUCAAAUCGAUGUUGGGCUUUCACGAAGAACACCCUUGGAGGGCUUACUUUACUAGCUAG